AGGGCAGCUCAACAGCACAGGGCUCGCACGAGGACCUCGGGUACUGGAAAAAGCCUCACGAGAGCUGGGAGGUCGGAGCACGCGGCAAGAUGGCAGCACAGGAGGCCACGGUCCCCGGGAAACUGGGCCACAGAAAGCACAGGGCGGCGCUGAAGAAGGAGAAGAGGAGGAGGCUCCGGCAAGAGGUGGCCCGGCUGAGAGACUCGGAGGCCCCGCAGGACAACGACGCUCCCACGGAAGAACAGUUUGCAGAAAGGCUACGGGAGGCAGAGCGGCGAAAACUGCAUUACGAGUGGUUGCUGAGAGAGGAGAAGGCACAGGAAGAAUUCAGGAUCCAGAAGAAAAGGGAAGAGGCGGCGAGGAGACAGAAGGAAGAGCAAGAGCGGCAGAUAAAGGACGAAUGGGAAGAGCAGCAGAGAAAAGAGAAAGAGGAGGAGGAGCAGAGGCUGAGAGAGAAAGAAGACGCCGUGCAGAAGAUGCUGGACCAGGCGGGCGCCUGGCAGAACCCAGAGCCACCCUCGGAUGUGGGGAUGGAGAAGCACCGAGCCCCGUGUCCGUUCUACAGUAAAACGGGCGCGUGCAGAUUUGGUCACAGGUGCUCCCGGAAACACAACUUUCCCACGACGAGCCCCACCCUUCUUGUGAAGAGCAUGUUCACCACGUUCGGGAUGGAGCAGUGCAGAAGGGAUGACUACGACUCCGACGCCAGCCUGGAGUACACCGAGGAGGAGACCUACCAGCAGUUCCUGGACUUCUACCACGACGUGCUGCCCGAGUUCAAGAACGUGGGUAAAGUGGUCCAGUUCAAGGUCAGCUGCAACUUGGAACUUCAUCUGAGGGGCAAUGUGUAUGUUCAGUACCAGUCGGAAGAAGAAUGCCAAGCCGCCCUUUCUCUCUUUAACGGAAGGUGGUACGCGGGACGACAGCUCCAAUGCGAAUUCUGUCCAGUGACCCAGUGGAAAACUGCAAUCUGUGGUUUGUUUGAGAUGCAGCAGUGCCCCAGAGGAAAGCACUGCAACUUUCUUCAUGUGUUCAGAAACCCCAACAAUGAAUUUAGGGAUGCUAACAGAGACAUCUACCUGUCUCCAGCUGGGACUGGCAUCUCCUUUGGUAAUAACUCAGAGAAGAGGGAGAAGAUGGGCCCCCAUGAGGCUUACUACAAGUCAAGAAGGCGCCGUACUGGUCCACACUCCCCCUACAAGAGGAACAGGGAAUCUGAGAGGAAGAGUAACAGUACUCACAGGUGUAAGAACUCUCACAAACAAGUGGCCAAAAGUCAUGGGAGACAGGAUUCAAGUAGAGCAAGAGAAAGGAACCACAGUCCAGGCCCCUGGAGCCAGGGCCACAGAGCCUGAGCCAGGCUGAGACUGCCUCACUUGGGCCCAAGAAUUCAAGACCAGCCUUGGCAACAACAAAACUCCAUUACAAACAAAAACCUAAACCAGCAUCCUUCAGAUACUCCAAGAUAUAAAUAUAUUAUUUAAAAAACUGACUACAAAAGAAAGACUUCAUGACUCAAUCUACUUCUCAA